UUAGUGCAUGCAUCCAGAGCAGCAGAGGUUUCAUUCGAUCCUGGCCGCUAUAGCUGAAGAGCGCGAGAUAACAGGGACCUGGCAAUGAUCUCACUGGACUUCAAUUUUUAUGUUUUGACAAGGGACCUGUCCCUUUAUCUGGAAAAUCAAGUGAAAGUUGGACUUUUUGGAUCUGGAGUACUGUCACUGGUGCUCGGCUUCAGCGCAGCUUAUGCCUACUAUUACUUGAUCUCUGUCGCGAAGAAGCCCCAACUGAUUUCUGGUGGUAAGAAGUUCUACCAGUUCCUGCGGGACCAAUGUCCCGUGGUGUCAGAGACCUACUACCCCACCUUCUGGUGCUGGGAGAGCCGGAUCCAGACACUGCUUAGACCAUUCGUCACAGCUAAACCGGGGGUCAGCUACAGAAAUGAGCUCAUUGGUGCAGCAGAUGGAGGGCAGAUCUCUCUGGAUUGGUUCGACAACGAUGACAGCGCUUCCCACCCCAACUCGGCCACGCGGCCCACCGUCCUCCUGCUGCCUGGCCUGACCGGCACCAGCAGAGAGUCCUACAUCCUCCACAUGGUCCAGCAGAGCAAGGAGCUGGGAUAUAGGUGUGCGGUAUUCAACAACAGAGGGGUGUCUGGCGAAACUCUCUUGACACCCAGAACAUACUGCGCUGCCAACACAGAGGACCUAGAGGCUGUCAUCGAACACAUCCAGAGGACAAAUGAGGAUGCCCCUCUCAUGGCUGCUGGGGUCUCCAUGGGCGGGAUGAUGCUGGCAAACUACCUGGGGAAGAAGGGCAGGGAGACGUGUCUGAAGGGUGUGGUGGUGUUCUCGGCAGGCUGGGAUGUGUUUGCGUGUACAGCGUCGCUGGAGAAGCCUCUGGACCGCUUCCUCUUUAACUCUUACCUCACCAGCUGCCUGCAGGCAGGCGUGGACAGACACAAAUCUGUCCUUGAGAAGAGUUACGACAUUGAUCAUGUGAUGAAGGCCAAGACCAUCCGUGAGUUUGAUGAGAGGUUCACGUCUAUUAUGUUUGGCUACCCCACCAACGAUGACUACUACCACGAUGCCAGUCCCAUCCACAAGCUCAAGUCUGUGCAGGUGCCAAUGUUGUGUCUGAACGCUGCAGACGACGUCUUCUCCCCCUGUCAUGCCAUUCCAGUGGAGGCAGUGAAGCAGAACCCUAACCUAGCCCUUCUCAUUACCUGCCACGGGGGCCAUAUUGGUUUCCUGGAGGGCCUGUGGCCCCGACGGAGUACCUACAUGGACCGCGUGUUCAAGCAGUUUGCCAAGGCCGUCAUAGAACAGGGUGGUGACCUCAAUGACCUUUCCAGCUAGUAGGACCAGUUCUUCUCUUUUUCCUUCUCUCCGUCGUUCCUUCACAACUUCCUUUUCUCCCUCUCUCUUUCCUUCAUUCCUUUUCUC